AUGAGCGAGUCUGCACUUCCUAGCCCUCGGCCGACCCCAAGAUUUUAUCCAGAGGCCCAAACCCUUUCCGUUAAAAAGCUAUUGCCAGGUGGUACGCCGAAAGAUAGUCUGCCGCCAAGACCUCCUGUAAAGAGCUGUCCGCCGCUGAGCAGGGUGUUUCCACGGCGCAAUGUUCCCUCAUUACAUGCACAGCCAGUCACUUUCAGACACCCAGAAGCUUCUUUACUAAGUCCAAAAUACAAUGAGAAGUCAACUGACCUGUACUUUGAACAACUAUUUGAGGACGUCACACCCAUUGGGCAAGGAUCUUUUGGAGAGGUGUUCAGCUGUAAGAGCAAAGACGAUGGCAAGUAUUAUGCGGUCAAGAAAUCCAGACAGCCAUUCAAGGGCCAGUUUGACAGAAAAUGCAAAAUGGAAGAAGUGGCCAAGCACCAGUUGUUGCCAAUUCACCCCAACUGUAUCAGGUUUUACCGAGCUUGGGAGGAGCGGGGUCAUUUAUAUAUCCAGACUGAACUGUGUAAAUUUAGUUUGCAGGAGUACUGUCACACAAACCAGAACAUCAGUGAAGUGAUCAUCUGGAACUAUAUGGUGGAUCUUCUGUUGGCCUUAAAACAUCUACACGAUCACAACUUAGUUCACAUGGAUAUUAAACCAGAAAAUGCCUUCAUCUCACACGAUGGUAUUUGUAAACUGGGAGACUUUGGAUUAGUCAUUGAUCUUACGAAGAAAAGGGAUGUCAAUGACGCCAUAGAAGGGGACCCCAAAUAUUUGGCCCCAGAGUUGUUGGAGGGCAAGUUUGGAAAACACGCAGACAUCUUCUCCUUGGGCAUGUUUAUGCUGGAGAUGGCCAGCGAUCUGGAUCUGCCUCGGAGUGGGGAUAACUGGCAUUACCUGCGUAACGGGUCUCUGCCGGAACAGUUUCUCCAAGGUCGUCCUGCCAACAUGAAGGCUGUGAUAGAACAAAUGCUAGACCUAGACUAUGAAAGGCGGCCAACUGUUGACCAGAUACUAGCACUGCCAUGCUUGAGAGAUGUUUUAAAAAAUAGAAUGUUUAGCUACAUGCGUGCUGGCAGUAAAGCAGUGAGAAACCUCAGAAGUUUCCCCAGCCCUCAUGUUCCCAUCUUCCAGAGCAACAGCCCCAGUGUUCGACUGGAUAAGGACUGCCCAUUCUCAGAUGACGAGAUGGAUGAUAGUGGGGCGGGCAGGUCUGAUUUGCUGAACUUGUCUGAUGAAUUUGUGAUGCCGAGCAUCCCAUCAGCACCUCGUCGAGCCUACACCACACCAGCGAUCAGGCGAAGACCUGCAUCAUCUGUCAUCAAUGGAUCACCAAUAAAAAGGCUUCUUUUCAGUGAGAGUCAGACCAGCACCCCAUCCACAACUCACAGCUCAUCCACCAGCAAUGGUCACCUUAGCCCACAUGAACUCAACGAUCGAGCAGGAACUCCACCACUGCCAAAGAUGGAGUGGGACGAACCAAAGCCUGGCAUUGAGCCCAAGAAUCUGUUGAGCAUGUUUGAGGCCGCAAGCGACGAAGAAGAGGACAAGUCAUUUUAA